UUAAUUGUCUCUGGGCGGGUGCGCGUGGGCCCCAGUCCCAAGAUGGCGGCCACCCGCUACCGACGGUUUCUGAAGCUCUGCGAGGAGUGGCCGGUGGAGGAGACCAAGCGGGGCCGGGACCUGGGCGCCUUCCUGCGGCAGCGGGUGGCCCAGGCCUUCCGGGAGGGGGAGAGCACCCAGAUUGCUGACCCUGCAAACUGUGACCAAAUGUAUGAGAGUUUAGUCAGAAUCCACACCAAUUUCUAUAAAAACAAGUAUCCACGCCUGAAAGAUACGAGCUUCACUGGUGUGACAGUGGAAGAAUGCAAGCUGGUCCUAGCAACAGACAGCGGGAAACAGAUGGAGGAAAUGAAAAAAGGUAAAUGGAAAAAACUGCGAGAGAAGUUCUCUACCAAGAAUGCUGAAGAGGACUCAAAGUUAUAACCUCUCUCCCCAGCUGCCCUCUGUACAUAUUCCUAAAGCACUGUAUAUUGCCAUGAUGAAUAAAGCCAUUCAUUCCUCUUA